AUGGCAGCCGAAUUAGACCUUGUGAAUCUGUUGAUAAUUGCUGGGGGAACGCUGGCUAUUCCCCUUUUGGCAUUCGUCGCUUCCUUCCUCUUGUGGCCCUCGGCACUCAUUAAAGUCUACCAUUGGUACUGGAGGAGGACUCUGGGUCUCCAGGUCCACUAUGCAGAUUGCAGAGGCUACCGUUUCUGUUACUCCUGUCGAGGCAAGCCCGGAAUGAGGCCCUCCAUUCUGAUGCUGCACAGCUUCUCUACUCACAAAGACACUUGGCUCACACUUGUCAAGUACCUGCCAAAACAUCUACACAUCGUAUGCGUGGACAUGCCAGGCCACGAGGGUACGACCCGGACCAACGCAGAGGAUUACACCAUCGUGGGGCAGGCCAGGAGAAUUCAUCAGUUUGUGGAAACCAUUCGCUUGAACCGGAAACCUUUCCAUGUGGUUGGGACCUCCAUGGGGGGAAAUGUCGCCGGGGUGUACGCCGCCACUUACCCAAGAGAAAUUUGUAGCAUGACGCUCAUAUGUCCAGAUGGUAUCAAACAUCCAUGUGAGACCAAGUUUGAUAAUCAUCUGCAAGAUCUGGAGCGUAGCAACUACACACUGAAUAUUCCACUCAUCCCAACCACGCCUGAGGAGAUGCAGGACAUGUUCAGGCUAUGUUCACAUGUUCGCUUUAAAAUACCUCAGCAGAUUCUCCAAGGACUUGUGGAUGUCCGAGAGCCUCACAACUCUUUUUAUGAAGAAGUGUUUCUUGAGAUUGUGAGUGAGAAAUCCAGAUAUGCUUUACAGGAACACUUACAUCUCAUCAUUGCGCCUGUGCAGGUGAUAUGGGGCAAACGGGACCAGGUGGUGGAUGUGUCUGGAGCCACUGUCAUUGCAGAAAUGUUGCCAGGAUGCAGAGUGGACCUGCUGGAGAACUGUGGCCACUCUGUGGUGAUGGAGAAGCCUCGUCGCACAGCCAAACUCAUCCUCGAGUUCAUCAUCCUGCAGCAAGAAGCGAGAGGAGGCGCAAAGAAAUCAUCCUAA